UGUUGUAGAACAGAGAGACUUAGGGAUCCAGGAGUGAUGACUGAGAUCAAAGUGGCCCAGACUCCAAGCUCGGUCAGUGCAACGCAAGGAGGGUCGGUGCUGCUGAACUGCACUUUCGAGGUGAUCUCAUCUUCCGUCGGGAAGUUUGGUUGGAGACGGCCCUCGCUGAACUUGGAAAUAAGUGAUCAGAUUCCGUUCUAUCGGGACAGCGUGGUCAGAUCAGGUCAGAAGUUGUUUGCCCAGAAAACGGCGUUCAUUGAAAUCAAAGAUUUGGCGAAAUUCGACUCGGAUCUUUACGUCUGCGAGGUGGAGAUUCGAGGGGUUGGAAAGGGAAAAGGGAAUGGGACAGAACUUAUUGUAAUCGACAAUAUAAUUGAAAUGCCAGGUCACACCUUCCUGUCCAAGGACCGGGGAGAUCCCACCAAUUUACAGCAGUUUCCUCCUUCCUGACGGCAACACAAUUGACACGCCUGACUUGAAUGGGGAGUCCAUCCCUUAAAACAAAUAGGCCUCCGCCAAAUCCAUAUCACGGCGAGGACAUGAAAAACUCGAGGGAAAUUGAAAAACAGAAAUCGAAGUUGAUUUAUACUUUGAUUAAAACGGUUUAUUUCGGAGAAUUGUAUCUAGACACGGCUUAUAUUUGGCCAGUUUGCAUCUCACCACAGUUCAUACUUAGUAUAUUGAAUGUCAGAAUCUCAUGUUAAGGGAUCUGCUUAUGCAUUUUUCUGCCAGUUAACGUCUUAACUGUUUUUCGUCAGCUGUGGAAUCGGGGAGACGUGAAUUCGAACCCAGCUCAAGAGUUGAGUGCAAAAUUCACCUGACUUUCGCACUGAAAGGCAUUGCCAUGGGUACGGUCUUUUGCAUGGUAAUCUGCCCUCUCAAGCGGGUGAAGAGUUUUUACUGUUGCGUAGAAGGGCCGAUGUGCUUAUGUCUGCGGGCAACCUCUUACCAUAUUGCUGGAUUAUAAAUAGUAUAUUGAGUUGUGCAAAUCGUUGUAUUUGCCUACCUCGUGCUGCUGUAGUGCGGUCGACCAGCAGGAGGAGCAUGAAGAGCAAAGUAAAGGCUGCAUGCAGAUGUACAGCACACAUCUCUUUCCCCUUUGUAUUAUAAUAAGGUUAUUAUCAAAUAUAAAUAGAAUAUAAAUC